AUGCUGAUCUACAAGUGCGCCUUUUCCGGUAAGGUAUUGUCUUUGAUGGACUAGUGUAAUAUCCGUGUUACCUUAAGCUCUGCAGUCUAUCAGGGAUUUGAUCAAGUUUUUUGAUCUUAUGCUUCCAGUGGUUGCAGAGUGUAGCCAAACACGGUAGAUUCAUAACAAUCUGCCGUAAUAGUAAAGAGGGUUAAUUUGUGUUUCUUUAUUGUAUUUUUUUCAGAUGAUGAGCUCGCCUCUGACUCCUUCCCUACAAAGUUGGUCGAUGGCCUCAUCUACGAGUUCAAAGGACGUCACGUCGUCCGCAAGGAAGGCGAGAUCCUCCUCGAUGGUGCCAAUCCUUCGGCCGAAGGUGAAGAUGGAGAUGACGGUGCUGAUGAGCACGUUGAACGUGGUAUCGACUUUGUCUUGAACCACAAGCUCCAGGAAAUGAACUGCUACGAAGAUCCAGCAACCUUUAAAUCCUACAUCAAGGAUUUCAUGAAGAAGGUCAUUGAAUUGAUGCAGAAGAAUGGAAAGUCCGAGGCUGAAGUUGCCGAGUUCAAGAAGAAGAUCCAAGGAUGGGUUGUCUCUCUUCUCUCCAAAGACCGGUUCAAGAACCUCCAGUUCUUCAUUGGUAAGCUUCGCUUUUUUCUUUUGUGAAUAUUUAGGAAAGUUUAUGAGGGGAAUAACGCUUUAAUUCUAGGUGAGAACAUGGCCGAAGGCCGAGGAGAAGGGCAAGUUGCUAUCGUCGAGUUCCGUGAUGAAGAAGACGGUGAGCACCCAUACCUGAUGUUGGUCAAGGAAGCCCUGAUCGAAGAGAAAUGCUAA